AUGUCUAUUGGUACACCGCCGCAGGAAUUCGAAGUACAUUUGGAUACUGGCAGCAGUGAUCUCUGGUUAAACGUGGCCAGCAGCGACUUUUGCACCACAACGGAAACCUGCGACACUGGAACGUACAACGCCAACAGCUCAUCCACAUACGAAUAUGUGAAUAGUCGCUUCGAGAUUUCAUACGUGGAUGAUUCCAGCUCGGCGGGAGACUACGUUAGAGAUACUGUACGAUUAACAGAUUCGAACAUUACAUUACCUGGACAACAAUUCGGCGUGGGAUAUGAAUCCUCCACAUCAGACGCCAUCCUUGGAAUCGGCUACCCAACAAACGAAGUCCAAGUCUCACGAGGAGGUCAAAUAUACCCCAACAUCCCCGUAUCCCUCGUCAACGAAGGCUUCAUCAGUUCCCUCACCUACAGCCUCUGGCUCAACAACAUCUCAGCCGACGAAGGUUCCAUCCUCUUCGGCGGCGUCAACACUGCAAAAUACCAAGGAGAACUCACCACCCUCCCCGUCAUCCCCACAAAUGGAAUCUACCGCGAAUUCACCAUCGCCAUGACCGGCGUAGGCCUCAACGGAGACGACGCAGAACGCUUCUCCGGAUCCGGCUCAUGGAACGUCCAUCUCGACUCCGGCGCAAGUCUCACCUACCUCCCGGAAUCCAUCGCCAAUUCCAUCUACGCCUACACGGGCGCCCGCUACGACGCGACCGUCGGCGCCGCCCUUCUCGACUGCGACAAACAAUCUUCCCCGGACACGAUAGAUUUCCGCUUUACGGAAGAAGCCGCCACGAUUCGAGUUCCCAUGAGUGAAAUGGUGAUUCCCUAUGCGCAGCUCGGGGGGGAAUUGGUGUGUACGUUGGGAAUUUUACCCGCGAUUGCGGCGGAGAGGAGGGAGUAUUUGAUUUUGGGGGAUACGUUUUUGAGGAGUGCGUAUGUGGUUUAUGAUAUGGAGAGGCAUACUGUUGGGAUGGCGCAGACUGUUUUUGGGGAUGUGGAGGAUCAUGUUGUGGAGAUUGGGGCUGAGGGGGAGAGGCCUACGGGGACUGCUGGGGAUGGGGCGGCGCCUGCUGCUAGUAAUUUUGUUGCGCCGCCAGGGGGAGGUGGAAGCGGGAGUGGAGGAGGGGGUGGGAGUGGGAGUGGAGGAGAAACUGGUGAGGAGAGUGCUGGAUCGAGGGUUGUGGAGAGUUGGAGUCUUGUUGCGGUUGUGGCUGUGAGCGCUGCUAUGGUUUGCAUAUAG